GAUGAGAUGUGAUCAUAUAUAGCCAUAAGGCCAAAACAAAAUUGACACAAGAAAAAGUCAGUGGACUGCCACCCAUUUUGUAGAACUGCAAGAUCUCCAUCCCUUCUCCACGUGUGUCCCCUGCAUGUUGCACUAAACAACAUUUGUCUCCGGCCACCUCAAUCUUCUCCUUCAUCUUUUGAACACCCAUACCUCCUCCUCACCAUUAUUCCCCUCUCUCUCAUUUUGAGCUCUCAACCAUGGCUGAUCGUAACCCUAGCCAGCAGAGAGCCCCAAGACAGAACAAUCCAGCUUGCUCUGUUGCCUCCCUGCUCCGUAAACUCCAUGCCCAUUCUCCAAACCCGAUUCAACUCAUAGGGUUGUUUACUCUUUUUGUCUCAGGCUGCAUUCUCCUCCUACUCACCGGGGUCACCAUCACUGCUACCAUCCUCGGCCUCAUCUUUUUUGCUCCGUUGAUACUCAUAUCCAGCCCCAUAUGGGUCCCCAUAGGGAUUGUCUUCUUCAUCUGCACUGCUGCCUUCCUAUCAAUGUGUGGCUUUGGGGUGGUGGUCGCUGCAGUGUUAUCUUGGAUGUACCGCUAUUUCCGGGGCCUCAACCCCCCCGGAUCAGGUCAGGUAGACUAUGCUCGGAGCCGGAUUUACAGCACAGCAAGCCAUGUCAAGGAUUAUGCGAGGGAGUAUGGUGGGUAUUUGCAGAGCAAGGUAAAGGAUGCAGCUCCCGGUGCGUGAGAGGGGCAGCUAGAAUGCAGCUGCGGCUGUAUAAGCAUAAGAGACUAGUGCAACGGGUCGGGUUUUCUGUUUGAUCCGGUUGUGAUGAACAUGGUUUUGUCUACUCUUUGUUGUCUAUUUGCAGUGAUGGUAAUUUGAGUUUCUUUUAGUUCAAUAUCUAAUUGGAAGUUGGAUUUGGAUGAUUUCGUAGUUUUUAAUUGAGAGUAUAUAUGAUGAUGGUUUCUGCUGUUGCUUCACGGCCAGAGAGAAGCUAAUUCAGUUUAUGUUAUUGUGUAGAAAAGUUACCUAUUGAUCGUCACUUUCUAUUAGUUAACUAGCUAUUUUCCUUUUGGUGUUCUAUUUCCAUUCCCCUUUUAGUGUGGUAAAAUACCUGGUUUAUGUUAUAGUAUAAUGGUUAUUUUGGGGUCCUAGGGAAGAAACAUAUACUUAUGGGAGAGGUAGUAAUAAUAGUUAUUCUUUGGUGGUAGGGAAGAAACAUAAUCCUUUCGGAGGUAGUAAUAUUUACUAGAAAAUAAUUAAUGCAAGAAGUACGCUAGGAUGUCUGCUAAGAACGUUUUCCUACUUAGAUAGCUAGACUAAAUUUAGUGAGUUGGUUACUUCAAUUCCUUUUAUCUCUUUUCUCCCAUUUUCUUUGUACUUAUUUGCUCUUUAGCCUAGUUCAAUGUAAUGUACUCAUCAGGACUUGAUAUUGAGAUGUGAAUAUUCUAUGGGACAUUAGCAUGGAGCCUGUUACAUGCAAGGUUUGAAUCCAAAAUUCUUUAGGGAAUCAAUGGAGUAAUUUUGGUGAAAUCCAAUGUAGGUCUAAAUUUAUAUACACUGAUGGAAUUUGGGGUGUGGACCUCCUAUAUCCUUUCUGAUCAAAUUGACUGGCUGAGGGAAUUAUGUGGACAAAAAAUAGUUAAGGGUCUU